AUUUCGAAAGAUUUGAUGUUUCAGGUGCUUUUCACAACGCAUUCGCUCCGGACCAAUAAAGUCUUAGUGGAAAGCAUGGGGCUGAAAAAAGGACGAAGUAAGGGUGUGUUAAAAUCACCGACAGCUUUUCAGGACUCCAGCGACGACCAGCCAGCCAGUGUCUGGUGAACGUGCGUGUGCGUGAAAGUGCGCGCACGUGUGUGUGUGUGUGCUGUGUUAGGACCCGCAGCCAACACACACUUAACAUUCGUUCGCAACAUGGCGUUGAAGCGCCGAGAGACACGACGGCUCUCCCCCGACUAAUGCAACCUUAUUGUUAGGAAAACCAGGGAGACUGUUAACCAAAGAACCCUAAACAUUCUCAGAGACUCCUUUACGCACCGGCGGAGACAAUAGCGGAUUCCAGCAUAUGAAUGUCGCUAUAACGGUAUAGCUGUUGUAUAGACUCAAGCUGCUACCCCACUGGUGGAAAUCAAAGGCUGUACAUGGCGGUGGAGAGUACAAUUUGGCUGUUCUGUCUUCUUUCGCUGUUUUGUGGUCCAUCCAAGCAAGAAAAGCUGGUUUCCGUGGAGCUGAGCUGCGGCGCUGGACCCAGCCAUGUAGUGUUGGAACCAGGUUUGCCCCUCUUGCUGGACUGCAAUCUGGGGGCCAGUGAUACACCCUUCAAUGUCUCCUGGCUAAAGGAUGGACAGCCACUACUUCCAGAAGGGAAUGACUACCUUCAGUAUUUGGUCAAUGGAUCCGUUCUCCUGAUGCCAACGUCUAGGGAUGGCCAGUCUCCCCAUGGUGUGGCGGGGGCUUACAGCUGUGUGACUGGCAGCAGCCUUGGAGCGCUGAUGAGCCGGACUGUGAAUGUGCUCCUAGCAAGUCUGUCGAAGUUCCGUCUGGAGCCAUCUCCCCAAAAAGUGCCCACAGGAGGGGCUGCCCGCUUUGAAUGCCAAAUUGAAGGAAUACCAACCCCUGUUAUUACCUGGGAAAAAGAUGAAGUAGCGAUUCCUGAGGGAACAAGAUUCAUUUCCCUUCCUAAUGGGGUGCUCCAGAUUCUGGAGGUGACCAAGGAUGAUGAGGGUGUCUACCGCUGUGUUGCAUCCAAUUCUGCCGGGAAGGACAUCAGUCAUGAAGCCAGACUCUCUGUCACCACAGGCUCGACCGAAGCCCUGAACAGAGUUGUGAUUGUGGCACCACCUCAGAAUGCUUCAGUUGUGCUUGGACAUCCUGCCGUGAUGGAGUGUAUGGCUCAAGGCCAGCCGAAACCACUGGUGUCCUGGAGCAGACAAGACGGAAAGCCCAUGUCUACUGAUGUGGUCGUCCUUGCAACAAACCUGGUGAUUAGAGACACAAGGCGUCACCAUGCUGGUGUCUAUGUCUGCCGAGCCAACAAGCCCAGGACCAGAGAGUUUGUCAUUGCUGCUGCUGAGCUGCAAGUACCCGCCCCCCCAGUGAUUCUUCAGGGCCCAGAGACAGUGUCCCUCUCCCGGGGAAACACAGCCAGGUUUUUGUGUAACAGCUCUGGAGAACCUCCUCCAGUGUUGCACUGGUUGAAGAAUGGCCAGCCUAUAAAGUCAUUCAGACGAGUAAAGACCCAAAGCCCCGGAGUCCUGCUAAUUAACCAGCUGGCUCUGGAAGAUGCAGGCUACUACCAGUGCAUAGCAGAGAACUGGCUUGGCACAGCCUGUGCGACUGCCAGGCUGACGGUCAUUGUGAGGGAAGGUCUGCCCAGCCCUCCUCGCCACCUUUCUGCUACACCAUACUCCAGCACAACUGCCCUGCUCAGCUGGGAGAAACCUGAGUACAACUCAGAUCAAAUCAUUGGCUACUCGGUGCACUGCCACAGCACUGCAGGCUCUGAUAACGGGGAAUAUGAAUUUGCAAUGAACAAUGACACCACUGAAUAUCUCUUCAGAGAGCUUCUGCCCCAUACUACCUACACAUUAUUUGUGGUGGCUUACUCUCCCAUGGGUGCUAGCAGCCCGUCUCUGCCUAUCACUGUAGAGAUGCUGGAGGAUGUGCCAAGUGCCCCUCCUCAGCUGUAUAUAGCUAGCACUUCCCGCACAGACGUCAAGGUGAAGUGGCAUCCGUUGUCCUCAGAGCAGAGUCGUGGAGUUGUUACCCACUACCGCAUUGAGUACAGCAUUUUAGAUCAGCCGGAUUCUGUGUUUUCCGUGGAGGUGGGGGGGAAUGAGACACAUUUUACACUGAGAGGGCUGCAACCCAGCCAGACUUACCUACUGAGAAUAGCUGCUGGAACUGCCAUUGGCUUUGGGGUUCCUUCCGAGUGGGUUCAGCACAAGACACCUCCCAUUGAUAGCGAUGACAGCAUGGUGAUCUUUGCUCCUAAUGAGCUGAAAGUUAGAGCCAGUGUGAACACACUUAAUGUCACAUGGCAGCCCUCACCCAAUCACACGUUGGUCUCUGGUUACAAGCUGUCCUGUCGAGAAGUCGAGGCUGAAGAGACGGCCAAUGGGGAAAGGACAACACAGACACACACCAUCAGGCUCCGUAAGAAGGCUAGAUAUCAUCUCCUCACUGGGCUGGGCCCUGACCGACAGUUUGAGGUGAGGCUAUGGGCAUUCAAUAAACAGACAGAUGGAGCAGCUGCAGUGUGGAAGGGAAAGACAGAAAAGCCUCAUGCACCACCAACAACGCCUGGGCCACCACCUCCAUUGCCCCCGAGCAAUAUCCAAGCCACAGCCAACAGCUCUACUUCCAUCUGGCUGCGAUGGGAGAAACCACGGUUCAACAAUGUACACAUCAUCGACUACACAGUGCGCUGCAGCCCAGCAGGAACCACCAACGCAUCCAUGGUUUCCUAUUACACCAGCUCUGCACAAGAGAUUUUGCUUGGGGCACUGAAACCCUUCACUCGCUAUGAGCUGGCAGUGCAGUCUAAUGGAGCAAAUGUGGUAGGACCCUUUAGCGGCACUGUGGAAGAAUCCACUCUCACUGACCGGCCUUCCACACCUCCCGAGGAGCUUCAGCUGACUACGCUGGACUCCUCGUCGGUGCUGGUGAGCUGGCACCCUCCACUGGAGCCUAAUGGUAUCAUCAUCAGCUACUGGAUUUUGUACAGUGGCAACCUCAGUGAGCCAGAGCAUUUAUGGAAGAACGUCUCCCAGGAUGGGAGUAUUACCAGUGUAGAGGUCCAGGGAUUGGCCAGUGGCACUCGAUAUUUUUUUAAGGUGGGGGCAUCUACUGAGGUGGGGCCAGGGCCUUACUCACCUAUAAAGGAAGUUCACACAAGCCAUCAAGAGCUGGACAUCCAUGCAGUGACAGGCAUUAUAGUGGGUGUGUGCCUAGGACUGAUAUGCAUCCUCCUUUGCAUGUGUUUCAGCUUUCGUAACAGCAAAUCCAGGGAGCUAUCUGGGGCUCUGGACUCUACAGCUGUGAUACCUCAGUAUAAGAGAGGAGGCUGCCCCAUUCCCUCCAACAUACCAGAGUGCAGCAACAGCUAUGAGUUGGAGACAUUGAUGCCGGCAGGUAGCCAAGAGUCUGGUCAACCGCCAGCAGAGGCCUCAGAAGAGCAGAGUCUGAUGGCUGCCUGGAACGGCUCUGUAAGCCAUAACUGGGCCAACAGAAUCACAAGAUACAAAGACACCCUAAUAGAAGAUUCUCCAACACUCGUGAAUGGAGCUCUCAACAUGCUAAUCACUGAUAAUGGCAUGGAAGAAGAUAAUUUGAGUACAUCCAUGUGCAGUAACCAGGUUGAGGCAGAAGUCAUUGUUCAUUCUGAGCUUUUGGACACAGGGAGGGAGAAAGAAGAGGAGGGCUAUCAAAACACAGAUUCUAACACCACCUUGGGACCCUCAUUGUCAGAGGAAAAGUAUUCCUCUUUGAGCCAGCCGAAUUCGCAAGAAGAAGAGGAACAUCUAGAAAAACUGUCACUAUCCCAAAGCUCCUCAAAUCUUCCCUCAGUAAAGCUGGUGGCUACUUAUAAUGGGGAAAUUGAAGAUGCAGGACACCAGCUGACUGCAGACACAGCACCACAUCAGGAAAUGGGUCUAACCAAUGGUUUCCAUUCUCCUAAGAUUGUGCUGAGGUCAGAGCGUCUGGAAAAUGGGGACUCUAGACACUGUCCAUCUGCAGCAGGGAAAGCCAUCUCUCCUGGCCUGUCCCCUUCCCCCUUUGUCAGCACUGGACUUGUCCACUCUACCUCAGCAGCACACAGUUAUCUGUGCCCAUAGCCUCUGCAUGCAGGGCAUCAACCCCAUAUGGAUUUUCUUUUAUGUACCCAGGAAAAAAAACCCAAGGAUUAUUUUUAUGCACCUCAUUAUUAGCUUUCUUUCUCUUCCUUGCAAAGUUUUAUAGGUACUUUGAAUCCAUUGUUUCAUACUUGUGUAUAUAGAGUAAACAUAUACGGUAUAUUUUUAGUGGUAGAGUACUGUAUAUGGGUAUGCAUUCUCUAUCAUUGCAACCACAGUUUCCUCUGGGUCUUUCCUAUCCAUAGGAAGGAAAACGAUUUAACCAAGCAGACGGACAUGAAUUGGAGAAGGCAUUUCUCACUGUGUCGUAAAUGGCUCUGUUCCACUCAGGAAUGAGAAAAGGCCAGGAAUUUUCCGUGAGUGAGUGCUUGGACAGGUUAUCAUCACUGAUGAAUGGAUUGGAAGCACAGGGUCUCCCUGGGUUUGGUAGUGUGGAUGCUACUUCAGUGUGGCACUUAGGAAUAAGCCUUAAAGAGUAUCUUCACACUCUGCAAGUGCAGAACACCUGUGCCUCUCUCCAGCCACCUGCUGUCUCAGGGUCCACAGCCACACACACACACACACAUACACGCACAUACAAACACACAGAAAGCUAAAAACCUCGCUAAUUCCUCGAUAUUGCAUGUAAAAUUCAAACAGUCAUGUGUAAACACACAUUUAGAUACAUUUCAUGACUGGAAUGUGGGGGUCUCAGGUGCCUAAUUAUUCUAGGUGCAUUUAUAACCUCUGUAUAUUUCUAAAUAUUACAUUGAGUCCAAGUACAAAAAAUGUCAAUUGGAAACAUAUGAAGUAUACAGAUGUGGAACGUGAAGUAUUCUUUUCCAAAAUGCCAUAUAUCCCUGUGGUGUGAUUUUGUAAUCCAGGGACAAUUGAAAAGUAAAACAUGUUUUCUUUUGGUUUUUAUAUGUCAUGUAUGGAAUUAUAGUAUUUAGAUGUUUAUUUUGGUAUUGGUUUGUGUUGAUGGGAGUACUAGAGGAGGUGUUACAACUGUACAUCUGUAGACCACUCUCCUUUCUUUAGCUCCUAAAUGGGGAUGCACCAUUGUCCCUACUAUUGUCAAGAUACUGUGCCAUUGUGUCAAGAUACUUUUUUCCCCUCUGUAAAUGUAUUUUUAAUAUGAAAUACUUGCCACAAUUCAAAGUAUAUAGUGUAUUUGACUUGAUUCUGCCUGACUCGAAAUGUCCACAACUCUUUGCAUUGAUUUUGACAGACAUCAACAAGAUCAGCUAGAAAGGAAGGAAAAAAUAUACAGUGCUUAACAAAUUUAUUAGUCAGCCAAAAGUGUGGUUUAUGCCAUUGCUGAACCUAACUAACAGUACUGAUACCUACCCAAAUCUUCUUUUUCUGUAACGGUCAGUAUGUACAAUCUCUAAUUGAAAUCAUAUUUCUUAUGUUAAAUUAUAAAUAUUGUUGUUAGCAAUGAAUUUUCAAAUUUACUAUUAUACAAAAAAAAAAAAAGCUGAAGAAUAGUAAAGCCAAAUUACAGUUAUCUAGCCUUCAUGAACACAAAAAAAUAGUUUUAUUGGUUGGAUGUUACAA